UCAGCGCGAAGCAUAUUAUCAAGACCGGUCCUCCAGAGACGCUAGGGAAGUCUCAGCUCGUUAGUGCUAAAGUAAAUAAUAAGCGGAGCGUUUAAACGGAGGCCACAGGAGCGUCUGGAUUAUAUUUCAGACAGCUUGAUCCAAGCCGGUCCACAGAUGCGCAACAGCAGAUGUCGUCGAUGAGGUCCAGUGGCCCAAUGAAAGAGGAGUGACCACUUCACCCUCCUCCUGUUGCACUCCCAUCCUGAGGCGUCCCUUCUGCCGCCUCAUUUUGUCACCAUUUUCUCCCUUAGUUGGUCUCCCAAAGCGUUUCAAAACUGUUUCUCCAACGCUUUUUCCAGAAACUCAGACUGUUCUCUAAAGUAGAAGCAGCACGGCCCUCCCAGACUGAGGUGAUGGGAAGUGUGCGAGCCAGCCGCUACAGCACCGUGUCAUCAGAAGAGGACAGCAUGAAGCUCGCCACCACGGGGGUACCAAACGGCAAGGCUAAGGUGCACACGAGGCACCAGUCGCAGAGCCGCUUUGUGAAGAAAGACGGUCACUGCAAUGUGCAGUUCAUCAAUGUGAGCGAGAAAGGUCAGCGCUACUUGGCUGACAUCUUCACUACAUGCGUGGACAUCCGCUGGAGGUGGAUGUUCAUCAUCUUCUGCCUCGCCUUCCUCCUGUCGUGGCUGUUCUUCGGCUGCAUCUUCUGGCUUGUGGCCAUCUUUCAUGGGGACUUGGAAAGUGAUACUAAGAAGUGCAUCUCCAACGUGAGCAGCUUCACUGCUGCCUUUCUCUUCUCUAUCGAGACUCAGACUACCAUUGGCUACGGCUACAGAUACGUGACAGAGGAAUGCCCCGUUGCGGUCUUCAUGGUGGUUUUUCAAAGCAUUGUUGGAUGCAUCAUUGAUGCCUUCAUCAUUGGUGCGGUCAUGGCCAAAAUGGCAAAACCCAAAAAGAGAAACGAAACUCUGGUGUUUAGUCAUAACGCCACAGUGGCCAUGAGGGACACCAAGCUUUGCCUGAUGUGGCGCGUGGGCAACUUGAGGAAGAGCCACCUGGUUGAGGCACACGUUCGAGCUCAACUUCUCAAAUCUAGAAUGACAGCGGAGGGAGAGUACAUCCCUCUUGAUCAAAUGGACAUAGAUGUGGGCUUCGACAGUGGAGUCGACCGCAUCUUUCUGGUCACCCCGAUCACUAUUGUCCAUGAGAUCAAUGGGGACAGCCCCUUUUAUAACAUGAGCAAACAGGAUCUGGAAAACUCAGACUUUGAAAUUGUGGUGAUCCUAGAGGGUAUGGUGGAAGCCACAGCAAUGACCACGCAAUGCCGCAGUUCAUACGUCGCCAACGAGAUCCUGUGGGGCCACCGCUUCGAGCCUGUUCUCUUUGACGAGAAGAACUACUACAAGGUGGACUACUCUCGCUUCCACAAGACAUAUGAGGUGCUAAACACUCCUCUAUGCAGUGCCAGAGACCUGGCAGAGAAAAAAUACAUCUUGUCCAACACCAAUUCCUUCUGUUAUGAAAAUGAGAUGGCACUAGACAAAAAGGAGGACACGGAUGAGGGGAAUGGGGGCAGUGUCGGUCCCGAUGGCACCCAGAUGGACAGCAUCUCAGAAACUGAACACAGCCAAGCCAUGGUGCCGCUGGAACCAAGGCCUCUGAGGCGAGAAUCAGAAAUAUGACGACUCAGACUUCUCAUGAGUGACUGAAAUAAAAAUAAAAAAACCAAACAUCUCCUCUCUGCUCUGAAGGCUUGACAAGCCAAGUCAGGAACAAGGGGGAGUCAAGUGGUACUGCUGUGGGAAGCCGGAAAAGGUUCAGGACUCUAUGUAAGGGUCUGUCUUAACUUUGACUACAGACAGUAUGAUGAAACACAGCACUAUGAAGCAUGUGCUGAAUGCAGAACUAAUUCUCCUCCAAGAACUCCCCACUAAUAUGUUCUCCGUCUCUGCAAAGAGGAAGCAGGUUGUUGUAAUGACCUCAGAAGUGAAGAAAUGUACCCGGUUGUCCCGUCUAGCAAGUACAAGGCGCUUUCUGAGUUUUCUUUAGAGUUUUAGUGCUGCUAUACAAUAGAGAAAAUACACACUCGCAUCUCUUUCAUUUUGACGCUUUUACCUAGAACCAAAGAGUAAAAAAAGUCGGAACAAAGAAGGUACAAAGCAGAGUAUUUGUUCGUGAGCUGGUCUCAGAGCAGAUAUCACAGACCAUUGUCUCUGUAUGCAAUAAAGAAAAUGUGUCCUCUGACAUCACAGCGCUGAUUCUCUGAGCUUAUGUUUUACAGCAGUUGAUCAUAACGUCUGCUAAGAGCUGCUCAAAUCAACUGAAAUCUCUGAGCAGAGCAGUGUUAUUCCCUCAAAACUGACAGAAAUCAUUAAUUUAAAGAGAGUUAAAGGAUUUAACUAUGGGGGAUGUGAAUGUUCCAAAAUAAGUGCUGCUAUGGUGUUGCUUCAGUUGUUUUCUUUUCUGCAGUUUGUUACUGAAAAAUACCAAAGAGUAUUAUUACCAUAGUUAUGUUUGUUUAAACCAACACCUGAUUAGAUUUGGUACAGAAAAGUAGAAUACUGUAGGGAAUUUUAAUAAUGUUUGUUUUUAAAGAAUGUGUGUACAGUUUCUUUUAAUAUUUUUUUUUACAGUGAUCAUCCUUAUCUUGAGCCACUUCAUCAAGCCUUAAUCUGAGCGGUCAGAAUGAGGAGAGAAAUCUAAGUUGUUUUUUGUAGUUUUCAGAACUAAAACAUUUUUUUUUUUGGAUGAUUCUUUUUAUUAUUUUUGGCUUCAACUUGAAUUAAAAAUGUUUUUUACUAAAGACAAACCUACUUCACAGGUUUUAAAAUAUGAUGAAGCAAUGCAAGAUUAGAAACUACAAUCUCUGAAUGAAGAUUGUGUCAUAACCUCUAACUGAAUCCACUUCUUUUGCGAUGUGAGAAGACUAAAGAUCAUCUUUCAACAUCAACACUACUUGAGUCUUCAUUCUGUGUUGAGAAUGUAAGACUUGAAAAAAGAAAAAAAAAAGUUCAAAGCCAAAUGUACUGUAACCCCAGCACAUUUCUCUGCUGCACAAAGAAAACACAUUUAUAUCCUGUAUGUUUUGUUGAAAACAAACAAACAACAAAAAAAAAAACAGACGGAAAGCCGCUCGGCUACACAUGUAUAUACUUGUCCUCCCUGUUGCAGUUGUUUUGUUAGGAGUCUUCCAAAUGCACUGCAAAGCCACAGAAUGUACAGAUUUUUGUAUUAUUGUUAUUAUUAUUGUACAUUAUAUUAUAUUGUUAUUUUUCAAUAAAAUGUCAAUGGACACAUAGAA